AUGAAGCGUUUUGGCAAAGGACUACUCGCGCGAGGCAAGGAUGCCAGCAAAUCCUCCAAGAAGAAUAAGGAUUCCAAGGAUGGCACGUCGUCCCCUUCGUCCCGAGACUCGUCGAACCAGUCUCCUGUCCUUACGCCCACCUCCUCCUCCACCACGCUCAACGACAUCCGCAAUAAGCCUUUACCAUCCAGCACCACCGGACACGGCGACCAUGGAGUUCCAAAUCAGUCGUCAAAUCCAGGCCAGCAAGGCAAUGUUCCCGAUCGAUUUGGCCCCAUGGGUGGUGCUUCGAGUCCAAACGGUGGCAAUGCCAAUGCUAGAUUACCCCCCACCGUUGUCAUCAGCCCAACCCCAGGACAUAUCCCUCCCCCUGGAGCCGCCGAAACUAUGCCUCACGACCUGGCACCACCCAAGGCGGGCCAGAAGUCACUGAUGAUCCAUCGAGGCAUUGACAACCGCGACGCCAUUCCCGAAGGUCUGCGAACCCCCAAACGCCAGCACUCGUCUCGAUUCGACAUCUCGGCUCACCGGGAACUGGAAAAACUACCGGGCUUCCACGAAGUUCCUCCUAAUAGGAGACAAGAGCUUUUCAUGCAAAAGAUUGACCAAUGCAACGUCAUCUUUGAUUUCAACGAUGCCAGCGGAGACAUGAAAGCCAAGGAGAUCAAGCGCCUGGCAUUACACGAGUUGCUUGACUAUGUUGCCAACAACAGGCAAGUCAUCACGGAACCCAUGUAUCCGAGAGUCGUCGACAUGUUCGCCAAGAACUUGUUCCGACCCAUCCCUCCCCCGAUGAACCCACAGGGCGAGGCGUUCGACCCAGAGGAAGAUGAGCCCGUCUUGGAGGUCGCUUGGCCGCAUAUUCAGGUAGUCUAUGAGUUCUUCCUCCGCUUUAUAGAGAGCCAAGAUUUCAACACCAACAUUGCCAAAGCCUACAUUGACCACAGCUUUGUCCUACAACUUCUCGACUUGUUUGAUUCCGAGGAUCCUCGAGAACGAGACUUCCUAAAGACGACCCUUCAUCGUAUUUAUGGUAAAUUCCUCAACCUCCGAUCUUUCAUCCGCCGAUCCAUCAACAAUGUCUUCUUCCAAUUUACGUACGAGACGGAGCGCUUCAACGGCAUUGCCGAACUACUCGAGAUUUUGGGAUCUAUUAUCAACGGCUUUGCCCUGCCACUAAAGGAAGAACACAAGAUCUUCCUGACCCGCGUCUUGCUUCCUUUGCACAAGCCUAAGAGCUUGAGCAUGUACCAUCCGCAGCUGGCCUACUGUAUUGUACAAUUUUUGGAGAAAGAUGCGUCUCUUACUGAAGAUGUUGUUCUUGGCCUACUUCGAUACUGGCCUAAAGUCAAUAGCACCAAAGAAGUCAUGUUUCUGAACGAGGUUGAAGACAUUUUCGAAGUCAUGGACCCGGCCGAAUUCGCCAAGGUCCAGGAACCGCUGUUCCAUCAACUCGCCAAGUCCGUGGCCAGCCCUCACUUCCAGGUCGCAGAACGCGCGCUUUACUUCUGGAACAACGAGUACUUCUGCAAUCUUGUCAGUGACAACGUGGAAAUAAUUCUGCCCAUUAUGUUUGCGCCGCUCUACGAGAAUUCUAAGGGUCACUGGAAUAGGACGAUUCACGGAAUGGUUUAUAAUGCUAUGAAGCUAUUCAUGGAAAUCAACCCUCAGCUGUUUGAUGAUUGCUCUCACGACUACACCGAGCAGCAAAAUAGUGCAGCUGAGCGCGAGGCACUCCGAGAACGCAAGUGGGCUGCCUUAGCAGAGAAGGCUGAUCAGCGACGAGUAUCUGGCGGUGUUUCUGAUGCCCCUUCACGACCGCAAGUUGGCGGGGUUUUGUCAAGGGUGGAUGAAGUAGACCCUGUUACCGAGGAUAACCAGAAGCGGCUUGAUUCACUUAAGCUACAGGAUGCUGCCGGUAGACGGCCUGGUGGCCACGAACGACAGAACUCUCAGAGCUCUGCUCGAAGCAGAUGA